AUGGCGGAGGCGGCCGACACGGCUCCAGGGCAGCAGCCUGCUAGAGUAGCUACGACGACGACGGCCAGCGACGUCUCCGCGUCCGCGUGGCUGCAGCAGGUGCUCGCGCUGCUGUUCCCGUCCAACCUGGCCGCGAAGGCGGCGCUGUUCGCGCUCGUGGUGGCGCUGCUGCCGCUGCUGCCGUCGGGGCAGGCGGAGGCGCCCAGGAUCUGGGAGCUGCCGCACCUCCUCCUGCUCGGCAUCAUCAUCUCCUACGGCGUCUUCGGCCAGAAGAACGCCGACGCCGAGGUGGCCGCGGCGGCGAACGCCAAGCUGCCCGUCGUCGUCGACGACGAGGCGGCGGCGGUGGAGGCCUACGUCUCGCAGAUGAUGCAGGGCUCGCUGGUCUUCGAGGAACACGACGGCGGCGGAGACGAUGAUGGCGCCAGCAAGGGUGGCGGCGGCGUCCAGCAGGCGUGGACCUCUCAGUACCUUCCAGACGACCCGCUCGUGGUCGUCGCGGACACUUCCGGGUCAGGGACCAACAGCGGCAACACCGUCAUCACCGACACGGGCGAGAAACCACUCCUCCUGCCGCACGCCAUCCCUUCGCCGUCCUCCGUCCUCGACGCCGACCUGACGCUCUCGCCGUCCUCGCCGCCUCUGCUCCCGCCUCCCCCUCCUCCACCACCGCCGCCGUUUCUCGGCCGCGGGCGACGCAGCAGCCUCCUGAAGGCCAAGGCGAGGAGCUUCAAUGAAUUCGGAGCACUUAGCAGCGACCGGAGCCCGAACGCAAGUUUGGGCUCGCACUCGCACAGCGGCGCGGGCAGCAAGCAGUUCCGGUCCAGAUCCGCGGUGCAAGCGACGAGGAGCGCCUUCGGCCGCCGCUACGAUCCUGUAGUGCCCAUCGACGACGAAACAGACGACGAGACGUUGGGUGAUGAGAUGGAUGCGGCGUCGGACAGCUCGUUCAGCAGUGAUCUCGACGACGAUGACGCCAUCAAGGAGGAAAAUAGCUGCGAAGAUAACGGGGUGGAUGAGGACGACGGCGACGACAACUCGUGCGACGAGGAGCUGUUUGAGCUGGCGAUGAGGCCGGGACCGGAAGGGGAGACGGAGACGGAGGUGGAGGAAGUGGAGGACGAGGUGGACAGGAAGGCCGACGAGUUCAUAGCCAAGUUCAGGGAGCAGAUUAGGAUGCAGAGGGGCGAGCCGGCCAGGAGAUGA